CCAUCACAUUUUCCGCACUUCUCUGCCAUUCUCGUCGCCACUUAGGAUUAGAGUCCAAUAAUUAAUUAAUUUCAACAAAAUUAAUAAUGGAGGGGUGUUGGGAGGGGUGUGGUGGCGGCGGCGGCGGCGAGGCGCAGAAGCCGGUGCCGGCGCCGUUCCUGACGAAGACGUACCAGCUGGUGGACGACCCCGCCACCGACCACGUCGUCUCGUGGGGGGACGACGACGGCGACGGCGGCGGCGGCGGCCGUGCACACACGUUCGUGGUGUGGCGGCCGCCCGAGUUCGCCCGCGACCUACUCCCAAACUACUUCAAGCACAACAACUUCUCCUCCUUCGUGCGCCAGCUCAACACCUACGGCUUUCGUAAGGUGGUGCCGGAGAGGUGGGAGUUCGCGAACGAGUUCUUCCGGAAGGGCCAGAAGCACCUCCUCUGCGAGAUCCAACGCCGCAAGGCCACCACCUCCGCCUCCACCUCUUCUCCUUCCUCCCCUCUCCAUUUCCCUCCCCUCUUCGCCACCCUCGACCACCACCACCACCACCACCACCUCCAUCAUCAUCAUCAUCAUCACCAUCAUGAUCGUCGUUACAAUCAUAUCAACCAUCCCCCUCGCCUCCUCUCCCUCCCCGCCUCCCCCGCAGGCGAUAGCGGAGGCACCGGCUCCGCCGACGCCGCGACGACGCUGAUGGCGGAGAACGAGAGGCUGCGGCGCAGCAACGCGGCUCUGCUGUCGGAGCUGGCGCACAUGAAGCGGCUCUACAACGACAUCAUCUACUUCGUGCAGAACCACGUCCAACCCGUAGCCCCGAGCUUCACCGCAUCACCGCCGCCGCGGCCGCCGCCGCUGCGCCGCAGCCGGGAGCCCGAGCUCGCUGCCGUGAACUCCGGGAGCGCGACGUCGAGCAGCUCGUUGACCGUCGCCGAGGAGCCGUCCCCGACGACUCCUCCCGCGGCGCGGCGGCUGAGGCUGUUCGGGGUCGCGCUGAAGUGCGGCUCGGCGCUGCACCGCGACGAGCCCGGCUCUCCUGCGGCGCGCCAGGAAGCGGCCGGUUUCGAUACGAUUGCGUCGUCUCCACCCACUUGUUAGUGUUGAAUUUGUUCUCUCCUCGAUCCGCUUCAUUCAAAAGCGAUUUUGCAUGCAUGCAUGCAUGCAUGCGU